AUGUCUCCACCUCUGAAAGAAAACCUAGUUGAUACUAGCAUUCGAAGCAACGAUGAUGCUGUAGACCUUCCUAACCCAAACGGCGAAGACAUUCUCGAAUCUGACCUCGAGGAUGAGGUGCUGGCCCUGAAAACUCGCCUCGUCAACGAUGCAAAUGACGAGCUCGGAUGGACGCCUUUCCACUGGAAGCUCUUCUUCCUCAACGGUUUUGGCUAUGCUGUGGACUCGCUGUUGACCAUGGUACAAGGUGUCACUGGACCCCAAGCAUUUCUGGAGCUCGCUACUGCGUCAUCGUACGUCAAUGCAGGAGUUGUAGCACAGAAUGUUGGUCUCGUCGUGGGUGCGCUAUUCUGGGGUUUUGGCGCAGAUAUGCUCGGAAGACGGUUGGCAUUCAACCUGACACUUUGGAUCACUUCUCUGGCCAUGAUCGUGGGCGGGGCUGCUCCUAAUCUUUCAUUUUUGUGCGCUUUCCUGGCAUUGUCAACUUUCGGGUCCGGUGGGAAUCUAAUCCUUGACCCCACGGUCCUGCUUGAAUUUCUCCCUGGCGACAAACAAUGGGUAGUCACUGCACUGGCUGGGUGGUGGGGGCUCGGUCAAUCGAUUACUGGAUUUAUUGCCUGGGGCUUUAUGACCCAAAGCCGCUGGAAUUGUUCCACCGGCGACGACUGUGGAUGGAAUAACAACGCUGGCUGGCGGUACGUUAUGUUCACAUGUGGCGCACUUGUUUUUGUUCUUUCGGUCCUCCGUGUCACGGUGAUACGACUCGUCGAGACUCCUAAGUACCUUCUGGCAAAUGGGCGAGAUGCGGAUUUGGUAAAAUAUUACCAAGAUCAGGCCCGCAAAUACAACAGACCCUGCACGCUCACCCUGGAGAAGCUUCAAGCUUGUGGGGAAAUACGCUUAAAAAACGCCGGUAAAAAGACAUUUAUUCUUAGUGAUGUCAAGAACCAUGUUCAAGGUCUUUUCGUCUCCCGCAAGACAACUUUGAGCACGCUCCUGAUAUGGGCCUCGUGGGCGAUCAUGGGAUUGGCUUAUCCACUAUUCUAUGUAUUCCUCCCAGCCUACCUCUCAACCAGAGUACCCGGGAAGGUUGUCUCACAGUUCGAGACGUAUCGGAAUCUGACGUUGACAACGAUUUCUGGAAUUCCGGGGCCGCUCAUUGCUGGCUACCUCGUUGAAACAAAACUGGGACGCAAGUAUACCAUGUUCAUCGGCGCGCUAUCGGGUAUGGCUCUCUUUUUUGGCAUCACCGGGAUCAAGACCGAUGAGCAGAAUGUGGGAAUAUCUUGUGCUAUCUCUUGUUGUAUCAACAUCUAUUACAGUACCUUCUAUGCCUACACCGCCGAGGUCCUUCCAUCGGCACACCGUGCUACUGGAAGUGGCAUCGCGGUGUCCUUCAAUCGGAUCAUGGGUAUCGUGUCAGCCUUUGUGGCUUCAUCUGGCAACACCGCUACAGCUGUGCCGCUUUACGUAUGCGCAGCCCUGUUCGGUGGCUUAGCUUUGAUUGCGGCUUUGUUUCCCUUCGAACCGAAUGGCCGACGCAGUUCUUAA